AUAGUGCAUUAAUAAAGUCAGUUACAUUUACCUAAAAAAUGAUACGACGACUAAAGCGACUUUUCCUAUGGCAGAGCCAUGACCACCGACCGGCACCGACACCACUAACCUUUACUUUACUCUGACGAUGGGCUAUGGCUGCUUUGCGUCACGUGGUUUGUGUUUGCAUUUCCUGGCGGUAGAUUUUGAGUUGUGAAUUAGCUCUGUCGGCUAUCUUUGUCGUUCUACACUUCUGGAAUUGGUUAUAUAAGUUUAACUCUUUUUCCGAGCUACAGAUAUCGGCCACAAUGGACGUCUGUAAACAGCUUGAAGGUGUUUCACCAAAUAAUGAAACUGGAGCAUUCAACGGCUGCUCACCUGCCACCAUCCCAGAUACAGUAACAGCCAUUGAUUUAGUGAGGAUGAAGGAGACUAUCUCAAACCAAUGUUUUGAAAUGAGGGUACAGGCCAAUUUAGGAAGUAAUAAGAGACUGGUUGGUGAUGAUGCAGAUAUAUCAACGUUGGAGGAGGGAGUGGACGAAGCUAGAACAAAACUAUUCAACAAAACACUGGCCUUGAACAGGAUGCAAGUCUGGAACGCCAUCACUACCAAGCUAACCCAGAAUGAUGGAAAUUCAGAGGAAAUGAAGAUGUUGGCUCAACACAGUUUAAGUGGAUUUGGAAGAAUACGAAAACUUCAGCAGGAGUCCCGUGAACUUCAGGACCAAAUCACAGACCUACAGAAAGAAAGGCUUGAUCUGAAAGUGCUCAUAAAGAAGAAGAUGCAGGAGAUGGCUGAGCUGAAGAAGAUGAGGGAGAAUCAGGGUGAGGCGGAGAGGCGUACCAUGGAGAAAGCUGACACGGUGGUGGAGAAACACCAGAAGAUCAUAGCUGUAUCUCAGAACAUUCUAAGGGGGAUACUCCUUGCCACCAGGGUGAAUUGGAUGGAUAAUCCAAAAUUAAGAGACAUUGCAAUGGGAUUGGAAAGCAUUCCAAAUUGAAGAAAUGAGGGGAAACCUGUUGUGUGUCAACACAACGUGGCAAAAGUGUGUGUGUGUGUGUGUGUGUGUGUGUGUGUGUGUGUGUGUGGAUGAAAUAUUUAAAGUCUAGUUAGAUAUAAACGUAGUAUGUGUAAAUAUUUUUUUUCAACUGCAGUGUUUUAAAUUGUACAUAUCCCCAUCAGUGUAUGCUUUAGGUAUAAACUCUGAAAGAUAUGCUGUAUUCACUUGAGCAGGUCAUGAAAUUGCAUGUUUUAAUUUCAAUUGUGAGUAUUUGUUUUUAGUUCUUGUAACCCUUUUUCCUCCUACAUCUCCACAAUAUCCAAUAAAAAAUGUCCAAUUCUUUACAUGCACUCCAUGCAACAUUUUUACAUUCCUUG